CCGAAGACAUGAAACACUUCCUGUUUUUAGCUCUGUAAACUCGUGGAUAGCUGUUUCCAUGAUACUGUAAUGUUAGGCAGGUGAAGACCAUGAAUUUACUCUGUCACUCGCGGAAAGUGCUGUCCUCGGUGUUGAGAAGUAGUGUUUUACUAACGCGAACAGAAGCUUUUGGAAGCGUUUGUUCAAUCUCCAAAGCUCGGUGCAUUAGCCUGUCUGUGCCUCAACAUUUUACAGCAAAUCUGACCUCAUGUCAACACUCGCAUCACGCAGCGUCCUUCACCGGGCACUUUGACAUAAAAAGAUGUUAUUCGGAAAGCGAAGAGAGCCGAAAUUCAGAGAGUAAUGGCGUGAUUGAAGAUGAUUCACAUGAGCUGGACGAUAAUAGCAGCGAAAACAGCUCCCUAAGUCGCAGAUCCUUAGAGACUUUCAGUCUUGAUGUGCUGGUGUCUCUUCUGCGUCAGGAAAAUGCAGUGGACCUCUGUGUGAUUAAAGUACCAGAGCAAAUCAAAUACGCUGAGUACUUCAUUGUCGUCAGCGGUGUGUCACCAAGGCACUUGCGCGCAAUGGCACUUUAUGCCAUUAAAGUGUACAAGUUUCUGAAGAAAGAUGAAGAUCCAAAUGUCAAGAUUGAAGGGAAAGAUGCAGAAGAUUGGAUCUGUAUUGACUUUGGUAAUAUGGUUGUUCAUUUCAUGCUGCCAGAGACUAGAGAAGUGUAUGAACUCGAAAAACUUUGGACUCUCCGCAGCUACGAUGAGCAGCUGAAGAGCAUCCCAACUGAGACACUUCCAGAGGAUUUCAUAUUUGAUGUUGAAGUUACAAAGUGACAACAUCUAAGGCUAAAUAAUAAGAUGUGCCCAGACUGAACUACUUCCUUUGAGUUUUGGAUACAUUCUUUACAGUCAAAAAACAAAUCUGUUGGAUUUCCAAAAGUACUUUAAGUGACAGAAAUGCUGAAGCCCAACUUAUCAGUAUAUACUGAUCUCAGAAAUAUUAACUGUACUAUCUACAUUAUAUCUCAUCUGGCCAAAGGACCAAUGAGCAUAAUAUCCCAUGGCAAGACAUCCAUCUGUCUGCAGUUCACAAGAAUUGUUACUCCUUCUACUACUGGCCAAAUUUUAAUAAAACUUGCACACAAUGAACAUCUACUCCAAAUAGUUCUCAAGGUUAAGGUUGCAUUUUGCCAGAUGAGCUACUAUCUGAAAUUUUUAAUGGAACAGAAAGGAAAAAAAUACAUGCUUUUGGCUAUUUAGAAAUUGUGGCAUCACAUAACUUGUCCAACGAAGUAUGCACCGACUCCAGUGUUUAUAACACUCUCAGCAAAGCUGUGCAAGCAGUGGUUCACUUAAGAAGGGUCUUAAAGAUGAGUUUGAGUAGUUUAUGUAAUGUGUGAAAAAAGAAAAAAAAAGUGUUAAUUACCACAUUUGACCAAAUCGGCUUAUCUUAAAGGGGUGACUGAACAAUAUUCUGAAAUUAGUAGUAGUAGUUUUUGUUAUUCUUUCUAGUGCACUUGAAUGCACUAGAUGCUUUAACAUCAAAUAUGCAGAAACAACAAAUUGUGUAGACUUAUGCACGGUGCCUUACACUUUGUUAUGACAUACACACCACUCGGACACAGGCUCCUGCAAAUUUGCAGAUAUAGAAAGCAUGUUACUGACAUGACGCCUGCAGAAAGAUGAUGUGAUGGCUGUCACACUUUAAAAAUUUCAGAUCAAACUAAUUCUAAUAUUAGACUAAGACAACCUGAGUAAAUGCAAAAUGCAAUUUUUAAAUUAUUUCAUUUAUUAAAAGAAAAAGGGUACCCAAAUCUACCUGGCCAUAUUUGAAAAAGUAAUUGCCCUCUAAACCUAAUAACUGGUAGUUUCACCUUUUGUUGGCAAGAACUGCAAUCAAGCAUUUGUGAUAACAAUCCAGCAGUGAGUCUUUCACAUCACUGUGGAGAAAUUUUGCCCCACUCUUCUGCAUUGGUGAGCCAAUACUGAUGCGAAUAAUGCUGGAGUUUUCUAGUGCAGAUAGCCUGCUUAAGGUCAUGACAACCCAUCUCAAUCUGACUUGAGUCCAGGCUUUUGACUAGGCCACACCUGGUGUGUUUUGGAACAUUGUCCUGCUGCAUAACCCAAGUGCCCUUGAGCUUCAAGGCAUGAACAUUCUCCUUUUCAGAAAGCAUCAAGAACUCUGACCUUAACUGAGGCAAAUGGGGCCUGCCAGCAUUUACAAUGAUAGUGAUUUAUCUGUGAUAGGCUAAUGUAUACUUGUAUACUGGUCAGGCUUCAGUAUUUUUCUUUAGAUAAAUAAUCCAGAAACCCAACACCUUUUGUGUUUAAAAAUUGACAACCCCUAAUGAUUCUGUUAAUUUUUCAUACAGUUUGACAUCACUGGUGCGGUGAUAUGGUGUUUGUAAAAUGCUUAAAUGACUCAUGAGUUUGCAGAUAAAAUGUAUGUUUUGUCCUGUUUAGAUUGUUGAAGUAAAUUAUUUUUUCUUACA